AUGUAUAUCAUCGUCACAAUCGCCGACUUGAUCCAAAUCUCACCCCAAGACUUUGAAAAGCGCAGCGCGCAAGCAAUCGAAGACAACAUCAACGCCAAAUACGCCGACAAAGUCAUCCACCGCAUCGGCCUCUGCGUAGCCCUCUACGACAUCCUCAGCACCUCCGAAGGCCUCAUCGGUCACGGCACCGGCAUCGUAAACGUCAAUGUCGAUUUCCGCAUGAUCGUGUUUCGUCCUUUCAAAGGUGAAAUCUGCAUGGGAAAGAUUUUGUCGUCAUCAGACAUGGGAAUUCGCAUCACGAUGGGCUUUUUUGAUGAUAUCUUUGUGCCUGCGCCGGGCAUGGUAUUUGAUCCGGCAAAGUAUAUCAAGACGGAGGAGGGAGAUUGGGUUUGGGUGUGGGAGUCUGCGCCGGAGAGUCUGUUGUAUUUUGAUGUCAACGAGAUGGUGAGGUUCCGCGUCGAGGCCGAAACGUGGACGGAUUUGUCACCCGAGAAGCAACCUGCACCUGGCGAGGAGGUCGAGGUUUACAGACGCUCGCCAUACGAAAUCACCGCGUCUAUGCAACUCAGUGGUCUGGGCCCAGCACUAUGGUGGGCAGAACCUGACGAGGAGCCGAUCGAAGACGAAGAAGAAGUGGACGGUGGAGCAGAAGAGAUGAACGGCGAUAUUGUCGAUGAGAUGGAUGAGGGAGCUUAG